UCCCCGGGUGCGCUCCCGGCCCGGGGCCCGGCCGCCGCUCGCCCCGGGCGCAUGGCGGGGCCGCUGCUCCCCGCCGCGCUGCUCCUCGCCGCCGCCGCUGCUGCCGUGCCCCGGCGGCCCUGCGGCCCCGCGGGGCUCUCGCAGGACACGGUACUGGGACGCCCAGGAGCCAACGUCACGCUGACGUGCGGGGCCGAGGGGCUGCUGAACAGCACCGUGGCCUGGAGGAUGGAGAAGCGGGCGCCGACGGGGGGCCGUUGGCUGGCGGGGGGCCACGCACUGCUCCUGCAGCGGCUGCGGUACGAGGACGCGGGGCUCUACAGCUGCCACGCCGGGGGCCGCACGCUGCGCACCCUGCGGCUGCUGGUGGAAGGUGGGUCCGUGCCGGGGCAGGGGCUUCCCUGGAGCAUCGCCUGCUCUGGACACCCCCCGUCCUCCCCGUGCCCCUGCUCGCUCCCCCCAGCGCCUCCCUGCCUUGCAGAGCCCCCCGAGACCCCCCACGUCUCCUGCUACCGGCGCAGCCACGACAAAGACGUCCUGUGCGAGUGGCGGCUGCAGGCGAAGCCGUCCCCGGGGACGCGGGCGAUGCUGUGGGUGAAGCGGAGGUUCACGGUGGAGAACGCCACGGAGCAGCGGUGCCACUUCUUCUCCAAGGCGCAGAAAUUUGUCUGCCGGGUGAAGGUGCCCCCCGGUGUGGACGACAACAAACCCCUCGUGGUGUCCACGUGUGUCCGCAAUGCCGCGGGCGGCUCGGCUGGCGAGGAUAAAAUCAUCACCCUCAGCAGCAUCCUGAAGCCGGACCCCCCCCUCAACGUGACGGUGGAGGCGCUGGAGAAGGCCCCCCAGCGGCUGCGUGUCACCUGGACCUACCCCUCCUCCUGGGACCCCCGCUUCUACUGGCUCCGCUUCCAGGUCCGCUACCGCCCCGAGCCCACCCCGACCUUCACCGAGGUUGACCAGGUGACGAGGACGUGGCUGGACAUCCAUGAUGCCUGGCGGGGCACGCAGCACGUGGUGCAGGUGCGGGCACAGGAGGAGUUUGGCCACGGCGCGUGGAGCGAGUGGAGCCACGAGGCGGUGGGCACCCCGUGGACAGACCCCAGGGACAUCACCGAGAUGGGGCCCUACAGCUCACAGCUCCCCACAGAGGAUGGCGCCUACGGCUAUGGGGCCACACUGCCGCCCGAGCUCUUCGGGGACGAUGCUGCUGACGGCGCUGGAGGAGCUGUCCUGGAAGCCAGCACCCACUCCGUCGCCUACCCCUACCCCUUCCUGGUGGCUGGGGGGAGCCUGCUCCUGGGCAUCGCCCUCUUCGUCGCCAUCGUGGUGAGGUACAAGCAGACGUGGCGGUUGGGCGUGCGGCGGGGGGCCAAGCCAGCGGGCGAGGGGCAGCAUGCGCUGGUGCCCCUGGGCCCCCCCAGCCCCAGCUCCCCGCUCAGCGUCACCCCUCUGCUCCCGCCGGCUACCCCCCCCGCGCCGGGGCCCCUCCACGUCACCAACUUGGACUAUUUCUUCUCGGGCAAGUAGCCGGGGGGGGAGGACGCUGGCAGACACCCAUGGGUGAAGCCGGGGGAAGAAGGGGGGGGCCCGGUGCUGGCAGCUCUCCCAGCCCCCCAGUGCCCUCCCCAGGCUCUGGGGCUUGAGCAGUCCCUGCAGAGCAGGAUCGGUGCCACCCCCAUGGGGAACCGACCCCGGGGGGGCCCCAAGCUGGGUCCCCGGGGGGGGCAGCUCUGGGGCCACGGCCAAGCUGGGGUGGCCGGGGGUUAAGGCGCUGGAAGUGCCGGAGCGUGAGAACAGGGCCGCGCUCGCCGGCGGGGCUGGGUUUGGGGUGGUGGCACCGAGGGUCCCGUGGGGAAGGGCUGAGCCCCCCCCCCCACGCCCAGUGCCGCGGGAAUGGGAGGGCCUGGCUGGAUCAGCCCCAUCCCUCCGCCACCCUGGCCCUGUGCAAAAAUUUAUUUUUUUGUUUUUAAAGCACGUGUCGGGGCCACGCGGCACAACGCGCCUCCCAAAUAAAUGCCCGGUGUUUUGAACAGAGCAA